CCUGGUCCGAAAUAAUGGAUAUACAAAUUAGCCUCAGUCCGCCUAGUCGACAACGAGAAAAUCCGUUCAGUAGCAUAUUUCGACGAAAACGUCAAGAUUUCUCCAGCUUGCCGUCUUAUUGUAUAUGUCAAGUACCGAAAGUAAUUUGUCCUCCCAGUCCGCCAGGACCUCGUGGUCCACCUGGUCAACCAGGACCGCAAGGUCAACCUGGAUCACCCGGACGAGACAACACGGAAACCUACGCAUCAUUUACUUGUCCGCCACAAGACGUAUCUUGCGUCAAAUGUCCAAGUGGUCCUCCUGGUCCACCCGGACCAUCUGGACCGCCAGGUUUUGCAGGUCCAGAUGGAAUUCCAGGACAGCCAGGAUUUUCGGGCAAGAUUGGAGCGGUAGGACAACCAGGACCAAAUGGUAAUAGUGGUCUGCCAGGGCCACCUGGCAUUGUUGGUCCACCCGGCCCACCAGGCCAAAACGGAUUAAGUGGACGAGGAAUAGCAGGACCAAAAGGAAGUCCAGGCUCACCAGGAUCUAUUGGAGAAUUUGGACCAGAUGGACAGAAAGGAAAUGAUGGAAUACCAGGACCAGUAGGACCACCAGGACGUACUGGCAUGCCAGGCCGAUCGGGAUUGGAUGGACAUCCAGGAGCACCUGGUGCACCAGGUGUCCCUGGAAAUGACGCCUCUUAUUGUCCCUGUCCGCCACGAUCUUUCUAUUACAAUAGAUUUUCACAGUGA